AUGAUGCUCAUAACCGUGAUAUUAGGCGCUGUGCUUCCACUUCUAGCGGCCAAGCAAAGACAUACUGCAGCGAACGAUUGGAUGUCGACGGAUGCAGAAAUCGCCUGCCCUGAUCCCAACUGCAAAUCCCGUCUUCGAAUAGUUCGGACUGGUCUGAGGACGUUCAAACAUUCUGAAGUGACGGCUGUUCCUUUGGAUCCUGCUCCCGUGAAGGAUGGAGAGAAGUUCCAUGGCCCAUGUUUUCAAUAUUAUCGACGAUCGGAAUGGGUUUCUGGAGAGCUGGGGCUUUUUGGCGGUCACAUUGGUGGUCCGGGAGCUGAAGGCGAUUGGUUGUGCUGUAAGACCAUUGGACAUGUCCAUGACUUAUGA